AUGGAUCAUCGUCGCCCGGCUCCUCUGACCGCCGGCGUCGCCCUCCCCGACGACCUAAUUUUCAUGGAAAUCCUGGUGCGGCUCCCCGUGAAAUGUCUCCUGCGCUUCAAAUGCGUCUGCCGCUCCUGGCGCGCCCGGAUGCAAGACGCCGGCUUCGUCCGUCGCCAAUGCGACUUCUCUCGGACGAGCCAGGCGCCGUCCAUGCUCGUCGUCGCCCGCAAGAACGCCUACAAUGACGAAGAAGACGAAGAGCUCUCCGAGCCCGAGGACAUCGCCUUCUACCGCCUGCGGCCAGGGCACAAACCGGGCGACUUCGAGACCAAGCCGCCGGAGCUGCUGCUGGACAAGGCGGCGUGCCCACCGGAAGCGGCGGGCGUCACGGACGUGAUCCACGCCGUGCACUGUGACGGCCUGGUCGCCCUCGCGACCACCACGAACCAGGUAUUCGUGUGCAACCCGGCCACCAAGGAGCUCGUCGCGCUUCCGCUCGGCAGCCCGGACGUGGACAGCGAUAAGUUCCCGUCCGUGGCGAUCGGAUUCGACCGCUCGCGCAACCAGUACGUCGUCGCCAGGUACUUCUACCGGCGGUGGUGCUACGACAAGUCCAGACGCAAGCUUGAUUACGACAUCGGGCACGAGGUGUUCGCGCUCGGGGGCAGCGACUCUUGGUCUUGGGAGCUCACCGUCGACCCGCCGCACUCUAUCGGCGGCACGCCGCCCGUUUGCGUGGGGGACGCCUUCUACUGGGCGUGCGACGACCUCGAAGAUCCCUGCCCAAGCUCUCUGCUGCGGUUUGGCCUGCGCGACAGGACGUUCGACGACCUAGUGCCAUGCCCUCCCCACUUCGCCUACAACGCUGCCCUGGACCAUCUGGCCGAGCUAGACGGCAAGCUGUGCCACACCAACAACGGGGCCUGGCUGACGACCUUCGAGGUGUGGCAGCUGGCGGACGGGGAUGAUACACACCCAGCCCAAUGGUCGCUGCGCUGCCGGAUCGACCCCGGACCAUUAUACGACGAGGGGUUCGGGUGCUACGGCUUCCAGCCGCUUUGGGCUGCUGAGGGCGGGAUGCUGGUGAGGGUGUCAGACAACGACGAGAUGUUGUACUGGUGCGACGAGAAGGGACGAGGCGUGGAGGAAGUGCUGGACCUGGAAGACGAUGUGGACUCGGAGCACGACAAGGAACUUCAGAACCAUGUUUACCACGUCGUCCCAUACCGAGAGAGUCUUGUUCCAAUCACACCAAGUAAUGUAAUUAAGGUGUAA